UUUCAUGUGUGGCGACAGGGUGAACCGAGUUUUCAUUUAUUUGGUUUUAUCACGUGCCUUUCAGCUACAACUGCAAGAGCUCUCAAGUCGGUUUUACAAGGAAUUUUGCUUUCUUCUUAGGAGAGAAACUGAAUUCCAUGAACCUCAUUCUGUACAUGGCUCCUAUGGCUAUUGUGUUCCUACUUCCUGCAGCACUCAUUAUGGAGGAAAACGUGAUUGGUAUUACCCUUGCCCUUGCCCGAGAAGACGUCAAGAUCAUUUGGUAUCUCUUAUUCAAUUCAACACUAGCAUAUUUUGUGAACUUGACCAACUCUUUGGUCACGAAACACACCAUUGCCCUCACUUUACAGGUUCUAGGAAACGCAAAAGGAGCUGUAGCUGUGGUGGUUUCGAUUUUAAUUUUUAGAAACCCAGUGUCCGUUACUGGAAUGCUUGGUUAUACACUCACAGUCUUUGGGGUUAUACUCUACGGUGAAGCCAAGAAAUGCAGUAAAUGAGACAUCAUCAUCCUGCUGACACGGUAUGGAUGCGACCGUUCGUAUAUUUUGUUUCCUUUCUUGUGAGGACAGUGGCAACAUCGAAUUAGGCAAAUAGGGGCCAUGUUAGAUUCAAUCUUUUUAUCCCCUAGAGGCCUGGGAAAGAGAUC